GACUUGUAGGCAGGUCGGCCGGCCGCCCGCUCAAGCUGGGACUUGUUGGGCAUCGGGGCGGCAGCGCGGGGGCCGCCGGGAGGUCAGCCCCAUCUUAACACCGGUUUCUCUCGGGUUCAGGCGGACGGGAUGGAUCAGUCAGUAGCCAUUCAGGAGACCCUGGCCGAGGGCGAGGACUGCAUCGUCGCGGUGCAGGGGGAGCUGUGUGGAGCGGACAGUGUCCAGAGCCGCCUCCUCGGGCUGGUCCGGUGGCAACAGGAACAUGCCCUCUUCUUGUUCACUCACUGCCGAAUGGCCAUCACUGGCGAAGACCUCUCCUUAGAGCAGGUUGUGCCGAUCACCAAGGAGUUUACCCUGGAAGAAGUGACCACCGACAGCGACCUCCAUGUCCUUGGCUCGGAUGUCACCGUCCGGAUGGAGUCGGAAGAGGGGAGCCUGGUGGUGCGGUUACCCUUCGGCUCCCACACCCGGUUGUUCCUCCAAGAAGUGACUAGAUCGCGCCCAGCGCCGGGAUGCGGCGACCCCGACCGUCAGGCGCCGUGGCUGAGGCGGCCCCGCGGGCUGCGGCCGCCGCCCGCCCCCUCAGGAGUUCCCUGCUCCGAAGACCACAAGCCAAAUGGGAAAGGCGCGCUUGCCGACCCAAACCCCUGGGGUUGUGACAGCUCCGACGGUGUCUCUUCAAGGCAGAACAAAUCCAAGAUGGAAAGCAUAAGCAAUAUGGUGCGAUCCUCCACGGUGACGGUUUCCGACAAGGCCCACAUGUUGUCGAUGCAGAAGUUCGGGCUGCGAGAAACCAUUGUGAAAUCCCAGCUGGUCCAGAAAGAAGAGACUUACACCUACAUCCAAAACUUCAGGUUUUUCGUGGGCACGUACAACGUGAACGGACAGUCGCCGAGAGAGUGCUUACGGCCGUGGCUGAGCCGUGAUGUCCACCCCCCCGACGUGUAUUGCGUCGGGUUCCAGGAACUCGAUCUGAGUAAAGAAGCCUUUUUCUUCAAUGACACUCCGAAGGAGGAGGAGUGGUUUAAAGCUGUGACAGAUGGUCUUCACCCCAGCGCUAAAUAUGCAAAAGUGAAGCUCGUACGGCUGGUGGGGAUAAUGUUACUGCUCUAUGUCAAGCAAGAACACGCACUGCAUCUCUCCGAAGUGGAGGCGGAAACUGUGGGAACGGGAAUCAUGGGAAGAAUGGGUAACAAAGGCGGAGUGGCGAUUCGCUUCCGGUUCCACAACACCAGCAUCUGCGUCGUGAAUUCCCACCUGGCGGCUCACACCGAGGAAUACGAGAGGAGGAACCAGGACUACAAAGACAUCUGUUCGCGGAUGCAGUUCUGUCAGCGGGACCCCGGCCUCCCGCCCCUCACCAUCAACAAGCACGACGUGAUCCUGUGGCUGGGUGACCUCAACUACAGGAUUGAAGAGCUGGAGGCGGACAAAGUGAAAAAACUCAUCGAGGAGAAGGAAUUUCAAACCCUGUACAAGUACGACCAGCUGAGGAAUCAGGUGGCCGACAAGGCCGUUUUCGAAGGCUUCAUGGAGGGCGCGAUCUCCUUCCAACCCACCUACAAGUAUGACACCGGCUCUGACGACUGGGACACCAGCGAGAAGUGUCGGGCCCCGGCGUGGUGCGACCGAGUCCUCUGGAAAGGGAAGAAUGUAACUCAGCUGAGCUAUCAAAGCCACAUGGCCCUGAAGACCAGCGACCACAAACCCGUCAGUUCGGUGUUCGACAUCGGGGUCAAGGUGGUGAACGAGGAGCUGUACCGGAAGACCUUGGAGGAGAUCGUCCGCUCCCUGGAUAAGAUGGAGAAUGCCAGCAUCCCCUCCGUGACCCUGUCCAGGCGGGAGUUCUGUUUCCAGGAUGUGAAGUACAUGGAACUGCAGAGCCAGUCCUUCACCAUCCACAACGAGCAGGUGCCGUGCCAAUUUGAGUUCAUCAACAAGCCGGACGAGAGCUCCUACUGCAAGCCGUGGCUGACCGUCAACCCCAGUAAAGGGUUCCUGCUGCCAGGUUCCCACGUCGAAAUAGAGCUGGAGCUCUUCGUUAACAAGACGACCGCCACGCGGCUCAACUCGGGAGAGGACCGGAUCGAGGACAUCCUGGUCUUGCACCUGACCCAAGGGAAGGACUACUUCCUUUCCGUGUCGGGGAACUACCGGCCCAGCUGUUUCGGCUCCUCCAUCCAGAUGCUCUGCCACCUGCGGGAACCCAUCCGGGACACGCCGGCGGAAACCAUCCGGGACCUGACCCUGCUGCCGCUGCGGGCCGGACCCGUCGGCUCCCAGGAGGAGAAGCCUCUGGAUAUCCCCAAGGAGCUCUGGAUGAUGGUGGAUUUCUUGUACCGCAACGCCGCCCGGCAGGAAGACCUGUUCCAGCAGCCGGGCUUGAGGUCGGAAUUCAAACAGAUCCGGGACUGUUUGGACACGGGCUCGCCCGAAACCCUCUCCGGCAGCAGUCACUCGGUGGCGGAAGCCCUGUUGCUUUUCCUGGAGAGCCUCCCGGAGCCGGUCGUGUGCUACGAUGUCUACGAGAGGUGCUUGGAGUGUGUGGGCGAUUACCAGGCCAGCGGACAGGCCAUCUCCACCCUCCCCACGUGCUACAAGAACGUCUUCAACUACCUGAUGGCGUUUCUGCGGGAACUCCUGAACAACUCAGCCAGAAACCACCUCGAUGAGAACAUCCUCGCGAGCAUAUUCGGCAGCUUGUUGCUCCGGUCCCCGUCCGGGCACCCGUCGCCCGACGUGGCGGAGAAGAAGAAGGCUCAAGACUUCAUUCACCAGUUCCUCCUGAAAGGCGGCGACGCCCCCUGAACCCCCGCCGACGGCCGCGACUCGGGAACUUUCCGGGGAGCGGCCCCCCGAGGCGGCCGGGGACCCCCGUCGGGAUUAAAUCCCUCCGGGGGAAGGCAGCCCGCUCAGUCCGGUUGAGAUUUGUAGCCCGAGUCGUCCGCCCACGGCAGAGUGCCGGACGGAAGGAACGUAGAACUCCGUGACGAGGUGUGAAGAAACCAGCCAACCGCAGAAACUGACGUUUUCCCCUCGGCCCCGUCUUCGUCAUUUCCCACGUAGAGAUAGUCCUCGGAUUCCCUUUUUCCGUAACGGAUGAUACCGGCCCGCUUCCCGCAUUCGCCUGGUAAGCGUGUCACGCCUGGGCUUCCGGGCCGAGUUCCCCUCGAUUGGGUGGCUUUAACGAGGUGGCUCUGGAAGAGCGAGUCCGAGAGCGGGAGCGCACGGGGCAGCGUCCCGACUCGGUUUCGCCAAGGGACCGUCGAGCGUACGCCGCGCCCGCGCGCGCCCGUUCUCGCUCGCUCACGCCCCUCGCACGCCCCCGCCCCCCCCCCACCCCCUACGACAAACACACCGAGGAGCCUCGGCCGUCCUCCGCCUCGGGUGAAUGUCACCGGCUGCCCUUCGCUGAGCAGGCGCCGUCGUGACCCGAAGGUAUCGAAAUCGCGAAACCGAUGAUGUCGUUUAUCUGGGUUUCUUAAAGUAGAUAAUCUCUCACACUGUAUAUAUGGUUACCUUUUCCCUCCCGCCCCCCCCCCCCCCGCCCCGUCCUAAUACGUGUAAUAUAUUUUGAAGAUAAACCUAUUUUUAACAGCA